GUUUAGGCUCCCUCGCUUGGUUCGAAACCACACAGUCCACAAUGUCAAAGGCCGCCAAGAAGAAGUCAAGCAAGAAGGCCAGGUCUGGAUCCGAAGUCGCUUCAUUCGAUCAGAAGACGAUCAAUGAAUUCAAAGAGGCUUUCAGCAUUAUGGACCAGAACAAAGACGGAAUCAUCGACAAGAAUGACCUCAAGGACUUGUACGCCAUGAUGGGACAAAUCGCUUCUGAUUCACAAAUCGAGAGCAUGAUCAAGGAAGCUCCAGGACCAAUCAACUUCACCGUCUUCCUUACGUUAUUCGGAGAGCGAUUGACAGGAACUGAUCCCGAAGCCACGAUCGUCGGUGCAUUCGCCAUGUUCGACAAGAAGGACAGUGGGAAGAUUAAGGAGGAAGAUUUGAUAAAGAUCCUGCAAAACAAGCGAGGAGAGCCUCUCGAUGAUGAUGAAAUUAAGGCUAUGUAUAAGGGCAAACCUCCAAUUGAGAACAACGAAGUCGACUACAAAGCGUUUGCUCACCUCAUCACCACUGGUGCUGCAGAAGAACUUACAGCUGCAUAAGACUUCAACUUCUGUCAACGAAAAGAAUAUCAUUCUAAUGCCAGUCUACUCCUCAAAAAUCAAAAGAUGUUUAGAGAAAGAGUUCGAUUCGCAUUAAACCCAACUCGCCGUUGCAGAAUAAAGUUGAUUGUUUGAUUUAUGGAUUUGAAUUGUAUAGAAUACAUCAUACCUCGAUAAAACAUUGG